ACCGAACUCUCGCGGGACUUUGUUAAGGAGAAGCGAUGAGUUACGUUUAGCUCCGAGAGACACAACAAACAUGGAGGCAGUAGCGACGAGAGUUGGGGGCCCAGGUGACUGCAAAGUGCAGCGGCGGUUGAUUGUAGAGGCAUUAAUGAGAAAAAUGUAUGUCCAAGUAUGAUGGAACAUAAAUCUCAGGAGUGGAUUUUUGCCUCUGUAAGUGCUUUGAAGCUGAUUUGGACUAAAGUAAUUAAGGAAAAGUGGGACACAUUUGCUUUAUAUCUCAUAAGAAAUCUUGUAAAAUGUGAAGAAUUCACAAUGUUUUCAACAUAACAAAUUCAGGUUUGCAACAUUGUGGAUUUGUAGUGUGACUAUGGGUGAAAAGAAACCAGAACCUUUGGAUUUUGUAAAAGAUUUUCAGGAGUACCUAACUCAACAGACUCACCAUGUGAACAUGAUUUCAGGCUCUGUUAGCGGGGACAAAGAUGCAGAGACACUUCAAGGAGCAGGGACAGAAGGUGAUCAAAAUGGAUUAGAUCAUCCUUCAGUAGAAGUUCCACUGGAUGAAAACUCAGGAGUGUUAGUAGAUGGUUUUGAAAGAACUUUCGAUGGGAAAUUAAAAUGCCGAUAUUGUAACUAUGCCAGCAAAGGAACAGCACGACUCAUAGAACAUAUCAGAAUUCACACAGGUGAAAAGCCACAUAGAUGCCACCUAUGUCCCUUUGCGUCAGCCUAUGAACGUCACCUGGAAGCUCAUAUGCGAUCUCAUACUGGUGAAAAACCUUACAAAUGUGAACUGUGUUCCUUCCGCUGUAGUGACAGAAGCAACUUGUCUCACCACCGGAGACGCAAACACAAAAUGGUGCCAAUAAAGGGUACAAGGCCUUCCCUUAGUAGCAAGAAGAUGUGGGGUGUUUUGCAAAAAAAGACCAGUAACUUGGGGUAUAGCCGAAGAGCACUAAUUAACUUAAGUCCACCUUCCAUGGUGGUUCAGAAGUCAGACUAUCUUAAUGAUUUCACUCAUGAAAUUCCAAAUAUUCAGGCUGAAGCCUAUGAAAGUAUAACAAAGCCAACAGAGACUAGUGGAUUGCCGAGAGAUUCACAAGACCUUAUGAUAGAUAACCCUUUAAACCAGCUAUCUACUUUAGCAGGACAGUUGUCUAGUCUCCCCCCUGAAAACCAGAACCCGCCAUCUCCUGAUGUUGUACCAUGUCAAGAUGAAAAGCCUUUUAUGAUGCAGCAACCUGCUGCAGCAACUUCUGUUCCAGCUGUAACAACCAGUAUUCCCCAGAACUCAUCCCCCACAAGUCCAGAUCCUCGUCCUGUACAUUCGCAAAGAAAUUACAGUCCGGUGGCUGGUCCAAGUAGUGACCACAGUGCCCAGGCCAGCACACCAAGUAUCAGUAACAGUCAACCAAGUACGCCAGCACCAACUCUUCCGGUUCAAGAUCCUCAGCUUCUGCAUCACUGCCAGCACUGUGAUAUGUAUUUUGCUGACAAUAUCCUGUACACUAUUCAUAUGGGAUGCCAUGGGUUUGAGAAUCCUUUCCAAUGCAACAUUUGUGGUUGCAAGUGUAAAAACAAGUAUGACUUUGCUUGCCAUUUUGCCAGAGGCCAACAUAGCCAGCAUUGACUGAAUUUUUAACGUACACUGUGCUUUCUUUUAUUUAUUUGUUUAAACACAUUUCUGUUUCUUACAUAAUUGGAAAGUUGCCUUUUGAGAAAUCCAGAUAAUAAUUUAAUGUUGGAUGCAGACAAUAUAUCGUCAUAAUUUUGCCGAUGAUAUGUUUGCUAGUCAUGGUGGUAUUCUUUAUACUGAGCUCCUAAAACAAAAGUGAAGCUUACAGUGCAAUCAUACCUUCUAAACAGGUUUGCUGGAACAACAAAAUGUGGAUUUACUUUAUAUAAUUCGAAAUCUUGGAUCAGUUCAAGCACAGCUACAAUUCCAUAUGUUAGCCUAUGCCACAAAAUAGCCUAUAGUUCUGCUUUUCUUAAAUUAGCCUAAUACAAUCAGUAUGGGGGCUAUAAGAUUGUAUGUGUGGGGCCACAUGCUAAACUGCUAGAAAAUUCUCUAAGCAUUACCAGCAAAUAUAAGGUCUACAAGAAAAUCUAGAAUUCCCUACACCCAAGAUCUUGCAAUUGCAGUCAGGUGUUUAAAUGAUGUUCCUUUUGUAAUGGUACAUUGUGGAAGUAAUAAUGUGAAAUAAGAGUACAAAAAUAUCCACCUUCCAGUACUACUAUUCUGUUCUUAAGGGUGGGGGGCAGAAAACAACCAAACAAUGCCUGGUGUUAAAACAUUUGCAACUUUUCAAAACUCUGGAAAAAGAAAACUUUAGAACAAAAUGGGUAAUGUGUUAAAAGAAUGUACCAUAUUUUUUUUGACUAGCUUUGCAGCACAUUACAAAUAUUUCAUUGCCUUUAAGUGCAGAUGUCUGUGCUAUUUUGCCUUUGCCUUCUAAGCAGUAACGUCUUUUAAUGGAAAUGAAACAGCAAGAAAGUUAUAUGAUUUCGAUGACCCAUUCACGUUUUGUGUGGUCAUUUUAACCAUAAACCAUUUCUUUUUUUGGAAACAGCAGUCUAGUCAUAGAGGUAACAAUGGAAAAAGAAUAGUCUAGACUUGGUUUUCUUGAAAGAUUCUGGACAUGGUAAGGCAAAAUGCAAAUAUACAGAAUCACAUUAAUGAACUGCAGUGGAUAUAAGAUGUACAAUACUUCUGUCUUAAAAAAUACUUAGGAAAAAAAUAGGCACUUUAAACAAAUUAUGCUAGUAGAGACUACAGAAUACUAGUUUAUAGCACAUAAUUCUUUAAUAGCAUACAGAAGAAAAACACUGAAAUGCACUUUUAUUGUAUAUUUUUUUAUUUCACAGGAAACAAAAAUAUACUUUAUAUUGCUAUCCCUUGCAUAACAAGUAAAUAUGCACAUACAAACCCA